AUGGACAGCCCCUCCUCGCAAGGGUCCAAACUGAAACGGCCUAAACAGUUUCUGACUCCUUGGCAAAUUUAUUUCACCGAGGAGCUCCAUAAACUCAAAGAGGUCAACCCAGACGUCACAUUGAACGUGGCACAUUUCUCUCAUGAGGCAGGCAAACGGUAUGCGGCUCUCUCUGAGGAAGAGCGGGCACCUUACAUUGAACGAAGUCAGGCUUUGAAGAAAGAGUACCAAGUCAAACUGGAAGAAUGGAAAUCCAAUCUUACACCUGAGGAUAUUCGUGAAGAGAACGUUUUCCGUGCGAUGCAACGACGUUUGGGAAAGUCAAGACGUGCUAAUAUGAAGGACCCGAAUGCGCCCAAACGACCCUCUUCUGCCUACUUUAUUUUCCUGCGUGAACUCCGCAACAAUCCAGCGUUGGCAGAGGAAGUGCUACAUGGGGAGCAGGAUGCUACAAAAAUCAGUGUUCUUGCUGCAGCGAAAUGGCGCGAGUAUACCGAAGAUACAAAGCGGCCGUAUAUCGAGAAAGCCAACCAGGAGCGUGCAGAAUAUGAUAAACAGAUGCGAGCUUAUUCGGAAAUGAAGAAGGGUGGGCAUGAUGGGGAUCACACACACCCAUGUGGUGAUGCCAGCCACACACUUUCUGUACCGACAUUGCCAUCUCAUCCGAACUCGUACCCAUGA